AUGGGUAAGAAAGUGAAACGGAUGGCCGAGUCCAAGACUCUCCUUAGGGAGAUUGCAGAGCUUUUCAAUAAAACAGACCAUGCCGACGUCAAAAUUCGUAUCGGCGAGUUCGAGUUGCCGGCCCACGGCUUAGUCCUAGCGGCUCACAGCCCAUACUUCAAAAAAGCCCUCAAGGGCAACUUCCAAGAAAGCGAGAGCAAGACGUUUCAAUUCCGCGAAGGAAGUGCACAUGCGUACUGGAGAGUCUUCGAGUUCAUGUACACCAACAAUUAUUCCGAAGAAGUCGAAUCGAUCGAAGCGCAAGAUGACGCCGAUGAAUUGACGAAGCACGUGCAAGUCUAUGUCUUGGCAGAUUUCUUCUUGAUGCCAGAACUGAAGAGAUUUGCCGUCGAAAGACUCAAACCAAAGCUUGAAGAGCUUUGGGUGAGCGAAUCUUUCGUAGGCUGUAUCAAAGAGACGUACGAAUCAAUCAACCAAUCGGGUCAACAGAUCAGGGAUGCUAUCCUUCGAGUCGUUAAGAUAAAUCUUGACAGCCUGUGGUCGAAAAAGAUAUUUCGUGAUCUCGUGUAUGAAGGAGGCGAUUUCCCAGGCGAUCUUGUCGGACAAUUCGUGAGCCGCUCAAAUAGCAAGAUCAAUGUGAAACAGGAUGAGGUUGAAGAAGCCAACUCUUCGUUCUAG